GUUUCAGGGAAGUUCAUCUUGGUUGUUAAACAAUAUUUUAUUGCAUAUCGACGAAUAGGACGCAUCUUCUCAUGUAACUUAACCACUUUUGACCAUUGUCCAUCUUUCUUUGCUGAAUUUCGGAGGGGCGGUAACGUACUGUUAUUUGAAUAUGCAGCGCAUGGAUACAAUGCACAUCUGAUUGGAUAGCUCACUACAUCAGAUGUAAGAAAACGCUCAUAUGGAAGACGUCGAUCGUUCGCUGACUUUACUGCACUUGCGUAAGACGUUCAGCGAGUAUUGUAGGAUGCCAUUAAAUGGUUCAAAUGAUGGAGAUCGGAAGUUUGACCGUGUGCUUCCACUCUUUGGAAGGGUGAUGGUAAUGUACCCUUCACCAGAAGAAAUUGUCGAUAAAUUCAAUGAACUGUGUUCGUUUACGGGUCAUCUUUGUCGUCAUCUUGUACAGGAAAUACGCUUAAGGGCCGCAAAUGAAUGCACUCAGUUGGCAGCUUCUGCUAUUUUAAAUUUUCUAUUACCAGAUGUCGCCGAUUGUCGUGGCUGGACGUUAUUGAAUGCAGUUUGCUACCUUAGUUACACGAAACAGGAGCAGGUUAUUGAAGUGAUGUGCAAAGCAGCAUUACCUUCUACUCUGAUUAAAGCACUUUAUUUAUUUUUCGAUUUGCCCCCUCCAGCCAAUGGGGAUGUCACAUCAUCCAAACAAAAACUUUUCGUGGUUUUCCAAAAAAAAUUAUGUGAAUUCAACUGUGUUGGUGAAGAGCUUACUCGGAAAGAUGAUUUGUUCCUUCUCUUUGCCGGCGCUUCUUGCGCAUGCCCUGCGGAAAAUGUCGAAUGGAGAGAAGCUGUAUCUCAGUUACUUGUAGUGGUAGUUUCAAAAAGCUUAUCCUCAUCUGUAACCAAAUAUAUCCAUGCCAAAAAUUGUAUAUCAGUAUUUUUAUCAAAUAUAUAUAAGGAGGAUGAAAGCCUGUUGGAUCAAGAACGCAUCGGAAUGUUUAUUUGUUUGCUGUCUCUUUUAAAGGACUCUGCGCCCAUUGUGAACGUUCUAUUGCAAGAUUUUGCUCGUGCUAAUGGUUAUCUUUUAUUACGGGAUUUUAUUUUGAAAUAUUCAGAGAAUAAAGAACUUGAAGAAGGUAUUAAAAAUAUCUUAUUAUUGGUAAUGAGUAUAACAACAUGUGGUAUUGCUGAACUGAAACCGAUUUAUACACCAGGACCGAUUAUACUUCCAACUUUUAAUCUUCCAACUCCUUCAAAUAAUGGUCUUACAUUGCGCAAUAUCGAUGCGUUCCAUCUUCUUUUUCAAAUUUUUACACAGUGUAAAAAUGAACGAAUAUGUGAGGCAGUUAUUGAUGCUGUUCAUAAUAUUUAUGCUUCUGAUGCUGUUAAUUACUUCAUUGCGGAUAAAGAAUGUCCAUUAUCUCAAAUGAUUGAAAGGAUGGGACCAAAGUCUCCCCAAGCACAGCGGAAAGUUAUGGAACUUGUUGAGUAUGUGGUGUUGCAUUUGAAUCAUAUUCCCUGUAAAGAGCUUAUUGCGCUGAGUGUUCUGCUGAAAACAGAGAUAUCGGACAACGGUUUUGAAUGUUGUGUACUUUUUUACAGAGUGCUUUCAGGUGCAUUUUAUUCAUUAAUAUUGUCUGCCAAUGCGCUACUAAAGGAUGCUUUCCGUGAAGUUGGGCUUGUUGAAUCACUGAUUUGGACAGUGUUGCAUUUCAUAUCAAUAGACAAAAUUCGACCCCUUUCUGAAUGUGAAGGACGAGUUGCUUUGUUGAGCACUGAUAUACUUUCUCUUCUUGUCAGCAACAAUCUUGCUAAUGCUUGUGUGUUCCGCGAAAAUGUUGGUUCAAAAGCAAUCAUCGAUAUUAUUUGUAGCAAUAGUGAUGAAUGGAGGGCUUCUGCAUUACAACUCAUGAAACAGCUUCUAAUAUCCGGUCAAAGUGAAGAACAGCUCACAGCUUUGCUUCUUGUGCUUCAUACUCCGACGUGUAAUAACAUGCCUUUGAAAGCAAUUUUGUUGAAGUCUCUCCUCUGUGCUUUGCGUGAAAGUCAUAAAGUGCGUUUAAUGUUUCGACGCAGCGGUGGAUACUUAUGUCUGAUGUCUCUUUUGAUCAGUCUCGAGGGUAAGCUAUGCAAUAGUGCUGAAGAAACGAUUCCAGAAGUGUUUCUUGCCGAAACCACCAACUUUCUGAGAUUUACAGAAAUCAUUUUCAAAGUACUGGCAAUAAGUAUGCGGUAUGAGCCAUCCAACUCCAAAUAUUUUUCUCAUGAGGUGACGUGGGAUAAUUUGUGCUUAGCUUUACGGGUCAGUGGAGCUUUUAUGAAAGAUGUCGAGAAAAUCGAUGCGAAACAUGUGAUAUGGCAAACUGAACCAUCAGAAAUUCAGAGUAAGGUUGAGGCAUGUCACAAAGUGUUUGAUUUCAACGAAUCUUCCAAUAGUAGUUGUAUGCCACCUGGUAAAAUUCCAACUUCAAUAUUUAUUGCAUUGUCGAUGGUGCGGCUUCUGGUCAGCUUGGCUCUUGACAGUUACGAAAAGCCUGAGGCAGUUUGGCCAUUAUGUUCUGGUCCAGCAACUAGCGACCAGUGUGUAUCCCUUACAUCCUGGACAGCAGGUGUACUUGUCCAUCCUGGUGCACUAAUUUCUGUUUUACAUCUCCUUCCCGCAAUACAGUCAUCGACAUUCCAGUGGGCUGCAGCUGCUCAGUAUUACUGCGCCCUUCUUAUCAAGGCGCUUUUGCGACCGGAGAGAAACCAACAAAUUAUGUGCCAGUCAAACAUGGCACACAGCAUUUUGAAAGUUGGCGUUAAUGUUUUCAAGAGCGAGAAACACCUCAUGCUUGGACCAUUUUAUUAUGUCCUGGAGCGACUUUCUUCACAUGCAAUAACUCCAUCUGAUUUAAGGUCCUUUUUGCGUCUUGAUAUGCCGCUUUGUUGUCGAAAUUUGGAUGAGACGGAGGGUGAGGAACCAAUGACAGAUAAUGAGGGUGGUUCUAUUCCCAUUGCAAGGGUGAAGGCGCUGGUUUCAAUGAUGACACCGCGUGACCAUCGAAUUGCUCAAAAUCCAUCAUUUGUGGAAUUCGAUAUGGCACCUGAAGGUUUCGCAUGUCUUGUAAUUCCAUCGCUAGCACCGCUUUCAGCAGAUUUUGGAAUUGGACAUGGUGAACGGAUAUUUCCGCCUUUAAAUGGUCUAACAAUAAUGAUGUGGCUUUGCGUGGAACAGUUCAGUGAUAAAAGGAUCGACCCACAUCCUAUACGCUUACUCACAAUUUAUCGUUCAUUUAAUUCAUCAAAAAAAGAAGAUGGUUUAAAACAGAAUCCCUCACUUGCUUGCCUUUCGAUGCAGCUAAGUUCCAUCGAUCGUUCACUCCUGAUUUGCACCGCCGAAAGCGAAACUGCGGGUAACGAUCUUGAGAAGGAGCGAAAUAUUGCGGAUGAAAAUCUUAUUCGCAUUGCAUUAGGAGACUCAGUGUGCAUUGGACAGUGGACCCAUAUCGCUGUAAUACUAGCCAGAUCUGUUCUUAAGCAUAGCCAGGCAGCUGUUUAUAUUAAUGGUCGGCUGGAAGGUACUUACAAGCUACAUUAUAUCAUCCAGAAUAUUGGUGGUGGUGCGGCUCAUUUAUCUUACUCCAGUGGCAUUCAUGCUGUUAUCGGCACACCACCAGCUUAUCGAUCACCAAGCAGACUGUGUUUCAAAAUUUCCACUUUUGUCUUAGUUGAAGAACCAAUGGGUGCAGAAGCAAUAACUCGAAUAUAUGAUUUGGAACCUCAUUACAUUGGGAACUUUCAAACGAUAUCGGGAGAUACCCCUCUUGUUGCGGAGGAGCGUAUUUGUUUGUCUUUAUCGGCGGUGGCCAAUAAGGAACUGAGCGCUUCACGAAUAGGUUCAAUAUAUAGCAAAGCAGAUAGCGCGUUCAUUGCACGUUACGUUGGUGUUUCAAUUCAUGACAAAAGCACUCCAUUACGGGUUCUUCUCAAUACAGUUACGCAUGCAUCAGGACCAGCACGACCUUUUGGAGCAGUACUUCUUGGAUAUCUUGGAAUACGGUUGUUUACACCAUGCCCAGUAACUCGACUGUUGGACUGCGUGGGAGGUAUAUCUUGUCUGUUUGGUCUCGUAGCAAUGGCGACAACAUCCCAAGAGUUGUAUGCAUCAUUAAAAGCCUUGGCGACUGCUAUAAAGACGGAUAAAAUUACAUCGAGACAUCUGAUUAGUACGAGAUCCUAUCAGAUCCUUGCGAUGCUUCUGGAAGGAAAAACCGAGCUUCUGAAUUCCCAUAUUCUUCACUUAAUUUUGUCAUUGGCUGGCACGUUGGAUACCAGCAAAGACACAUCCAUUAUACCGAAUCUUUCGGUUUUUGAGGAUAUGUUAUGUGAUUUGGAUGUUUGGAAAGACGCUAGCCCUGACCUCAACAGACUACUUUAUGAACAUUUCUAUGAAUUAAUCACGGAUCAGAACAGUGAGAACAUGAAUAUGGUGCGCCGUAGCUCGCUACCAUCCCGUCUUCUCAUUCGACUGUUUGAUCAUCCGAAUCUUAUUUUUGCUGUUAAUGAUAUUGUUUUCAAUCUUCUUGCUGCACUUUUGCAAUCUCCUGCCGAUAAUUUAUUGCUACUGAAAGUUGGUCAGCUGGUGGCUGGAACUCUUCCAGUGCCAGGUUCAGACCAGGAUGAAACUUCAUAUGCAUUCUCGAUAACCGAUCUGCAAGCAGCUCUGUUUGCCAGUAAACAUUCACCACAUUUUGAUCGUCUGCUUUAUGAUAUUUAUGUGCGCAGUCGUAUUCUCAACAUAAUAGCAAACACUUUAGCGCAUUCGAGUGUAAACAACAAUUUGUUAUUAUGUGACCUAGUCGUUAAAACACUUGGUUUCGAUUGGGUGCUGGCUCUAUUCACGCCAGGUGCUCAUUGUACAACCAUUGUACUUGGUCUACGUAUUCUUCUUGCUCUUUUGAAACACGAUCAUCUAAUGCAGAAAUUUAAGGAAGGCUCAGCAAAUGGUGGUUGGUUAACAGAUGCAGACUCAUUUGUUCGCAACAGAGCUGCAGUUUUACUUGGUUUCUCGGUAUCAGCUUACGGAGGCAACGUGGGAGCUCAUGUUGACAUCAAUCCAGAACUUUCUGAAUGUAGUGGUUUUAUAAUGCUCGAACACUUGCUUUAUUAUCACUAUGAAAAACCGCAAUGCUAUUUGGCGAUGUUGGCAUUAUUAGUUGGCCAGCCAGUGUCAAACAUAACACUUGUGGAUAAUUUUUCUCUUGAUCUCAUUUGGUCCCAUGUUUUUGGUCUUUCUUUGUCAAGUUCUGUGUCAGAGGCCGUUUCUGGUAUUGAAAUUUGUUGUGAGGCAGUUAUACCGCUGUUAUCCAUGGUUCGAGCUACAGUUCAUGCCAACAUACGUUCCAGUGUUGAGUCACCACACGAUGAUAAUAAAUUGGUGUAUUCUUCUACGGUGAUUCAAAUGUUCACUUUCUUGUACCAAAACUGUUCUAACUUCUGUAAUCUUUGCCACACAGAAGAGUUCAUAACUUACCUAUUUUGUGUUCUUAUACCUCUGGAUGUCAUGGAAUCAAAUACAGUCAGAGAUGAAAAUUCGCUUUCGCCACCAUUCUACGAUAUGCAUGCUAUCCUUGAUGAAAGUUGCUGUCGAAAUGUUUUGGAUCUAAUAAAGCGGAUUUUAUAUGAAGAUGUAUGUCGAAGUCAUGGUGCCAAGCCGGAAUCCUUAUUAGAUGCAUUAAUCGAGAGCAUUCCUGAAUACGGUUGUUCCCGUCGAUUUUGUACUUUUGUGCUUUCGGAAAACUUAUCUUUGUGCAUGGAGUACAUGAUUGCUACUGACGUUUUGCUGGAGUCUGAGAAUACAAGUACUGCAGCAACUUGCGGGACUUCAGCUGCAACUUCUGCUGUUUUAUUUGCAAAUUUCGCGUAUUUUGCUUCUAGGAUUGUUGACUGUGUUUGGAGUGGGAUUUAUGUUGGGGAAGCAAGUCGUGUGCUUAGUUUCUUGUUGAAAGGGCUUGCUCUCAUUCGGCGUAACGAUCCGAAAUCAGUUUCUUAUGAUUCACUUAUGCAGUCGCUCGAUCGGACCAUUUUAUAUCUCUUAAGUAGACCCAUUGACAAUGUUACCGUACAAAUGUCGAUUUUAAAUACGCUGUCAGAGAUCAUCCUACAUCGUAACGUUAUAUUGUCUCCAACACACAAUGAUCCCUUGUUUUUCGGCUCUCUUACUCAUCUUUUAUUUAUGCUUUCCGUCACACCGGACAUUCUUCCAAAAAGGGAGGCGUCAUCGAAUCUUGAUCGUGGAAGUGCUCAGGUUGCCUUGUGUGCUUCACAGGUGUGGAAAGAGGUUUGUACAAUGAAGCGAAAUCUUCUAGAAGAAGUUUUUCGGAGUGGUUUUGUUGCAGAGUUAAAUGCAGCACGUGCUUUAUUAUCGCAUGCUGCCAGUCUGCAAUGGUUAUCGUUUGUUGAUUCGCAGAUGAAUUCUUCUGCGCCAAAAAGUACUAUGCAAUUUCAACAACAGAUACAGUCGAGAAUCACGAAAGUUGCUACUGGUUUACAACGUUUGGCAACUCGCAAAGCAUUAAACAGUUCGAGUUCAGUCUGCAGCUUCAUGUUCUUGCGACAGCCAAAUAUCACUACGGAGGUAGUUCAAAUGUGGCUGCGUGUGCACAUAUCGUUAAUCAGAGAACUUGUUCGUACACAAUGCCUCUGUUAUCAUGAAUGGCAUUCACACGUGCAAAAAUGGUGCAUGCAAGAUUGGCGUUCCCUUGAAAUGGAAUUGAUAAGGGAACGUGGAAUUUGGGGAGCAGAGCUGGGUUCUUCUCUAGACAAGUAUAUGUUAGAUAUGACUGAAGGGCCUUGUCGUAUACGGCGGAUGUUGAUUCCAAAUCCAACUUUCUAUCAUCAUUAUCCCUAUCGUCCUUAUCUUGAUUCUCCUGAAUCGAAAGCGAUACGUGCUAAAGUGGCAGUAUCAAAAGACAGCAAACUGUAUUAUGCAGCUAUAAAGCGACGCCGUCGGAAAAUACCGGAACAAAGGAUCAUCGAUGUAUCGGCAACGGUAUAUACCCCAUCUGAAGAAUGUUCAGAUCUGUUUUUUACUGAUAUGCAAGAGAUCAGUACGUCAGUAAUUCGUCGCGUAUCGAUCAAGCAUGCUCUGAGCAAAGACAGCGAUGAAACAGAAUGUGUUGUAAAUGAGAAAGAUGUGAACGAAGCAGACGAGGAAAGUGAGGAAAAUGGUGUAGACGAAGAACAUAGUAUUGAGCGACAACAAACAAGAAAUGGACAAAAAAAUGAUAUUCAAGAAAAUGAAGGGACGACUAUUAAAGCAAAAGAUGGAAGCAUAGAACGAAAAAGAGGACCUGAUAAUCAGACUUUACUCAGACUUCUGGAACAGGGUGAACAACUGCAUUCUAUGUUCCGCUGUGCACGUGUGCAGGGUUUGGAUACAAGCGAAGGACUGUUACUUUUUGGGAGACAACAUUACUAUGUUGUUGAUGGAUUCACACUUCUGAAAACGAGAGAAAUCAGGGAUUUGGAUUUCCUCCCACAAGAAUUGCAUGAUCCAAUUGUACCAUACAUGGCCUGUGGUGCUAGCCAUCCUGUACGACGCACUAGAUUGUGCAGUAAAUUUUCAUACAAUGAUAUUCGUGAGGUACAUCGACGUCGCUAUCUUCUGCAACCAAUUGCUAUCGAAGUAUUCUCAGCAGAUGGCCGUAAUUACCUGUUGGCUUUCCCUAGACGUAUGCGUAAUCGAGUUUAUCAAAAAUUUUUAUCGUUAGCAAGGUUGCUGAAAGACAGUGGAUCCGAAUCUAUAGGAGGACAAAGGUCGACUGCUCCAGUGGAGCAAACAAGUCGUGUUUCAUUACUUACCUCAUUAAUAGGACAACAGUCUGUUACGCACCGUUGGGUACGAGGGGAAAUCAGCAAUUUUCAAUAUCUGAUGCAUCUGAAUACUUUGGCUGGUCGGUCUUAUAAUGAUCUUUCUCAGUAUCCGAUAUUCCCGUGGAUAUUACGAGAUUACGAAUCGGAGGAUCUAAACUUGACAGAUCCACGUUUCUUUCGUGAUUUGAGUAAACCAAUGGGGGCACAGAAUCCAAAACGUUUGGAACAGUUUCUAAAAAGAUAUCGGGAAUGGGAUGAUCCAACUGGUGAAACGCCUGCAUACAUGUAUGGCACACACUAUAGCAGUGCUAUGAUUGUUGUUUCAUAUCUCGUACGUUUGGAACCUUUUACGCAACAGUUUCUGAAGCUUCAGGGUGGUCAUUUCGAUUUGGCUGAUCGAAUGUUUCACAGUGUUGGUGAUGCUUGGCUUAGUGCGAGUCGUAAUAAUAUGGCAGACGUAAAAGAGUUGAUCCCUGAAUUUUUUUCUCUUCCUGAAAUGUUUCUUAACUCAAAUCACUUUGACUUUGGUGUCAAACAGAAUGGUGUAGCGCUGGAUGAUGUGAUACUUCCAGCGUGGGUGAAAGGUGAUGCCAGAGAAUUUGUACGUAUGCAUCGACAGGCACUGGAAUGUGAUUAUGUAUCAGCAAAUUUGCAUAACUGGAUAGAUUUAAUCUUCGGAUAUAAGCAGCGCGGAGAUGCUGCUAUUGAAGCGAAUAAUGUUUACCAUCAUCUUUUUUAUGAAGGGAAUGUUGAUUUUGAUAGUAUCGAGGAUCCGCUAACAAGAAACGCAACUAUUGGGUUUAUUAAUAAUUUUGGGCAGAUUCCUUCGCAACUGUUCAAGAAACCGCACCCACAGAAAAAAGUUGCAUACACAGAUAUUUAUUCAUCAACCCCUGGCGUUACAACACAGCGACUUUUUUAUCACUCUUUUGAUUCACUGAAAGUACCAGCACAGCCAAUAAAAGAGUUAAAAUCAACUGUUGGAAGCUUAAUUCCACUCGACAAAGGUGGAGUGCUUGCGCUGGAAACAAAUCGUGCACUACUUUUGCCAAAUCGUUACAUAUCUUGGGGUUUUCCAGAUAGAAGUAUAAGGAUUGGUGCUAUUGAUAGUGAUCGGUCAACUUGCAUCUAUGAGCUGUGCGAAAGCGCUGAAAUUACUUGUUGUGCAUGUGGUGAUUCACGGACAGUUUUCACCGGUUCCAGUACGGGUAAAGUUUGCGUUUGGGAUCUGACCGAACGACAUCCUCGCAUUCGCUUUCGUCGCACAUUAACAGCACAUACAGAAGCAAUCACUGCUUUGGCUGUUUGCUCAGCACAAACCUUGCUUGUGAGUGGUAGCCGUGAUGGCACUGCUGUUGUGUGGCAUUUGAGUGCGUUAAUAUUCAUUCGACAGUUACGACCGCAUCCAUCCGCAGUGACAGCUGUUGCUAUCAAUGACGCAACGGGGGACAUAGUGACAGCAUCGGGAUCGACGAUGUUCCUAUGGUCGAUCAAUGGACGGCUGCUAUCUGUAAUCGAUAGUGUUGACAAAUCUUCGUUCGAUCAAUUUCCUAAUAUCAUUUUAUCAUUGGCAUUUUCUACGCUAUAUGAAUGGGAUCCGGAAAAUGUGAUUAUGUGUGGUGGUAGUGAUGGCGUUGUACGAAUAUACUGUAUGGAGUUUGUGAGAAGUGAAGAUGAUCCAAGAGAAAGCCGAUCACCAACAAUAUUGCAAACAAAUAUAAACAGUGCUACUACUCUACAACAGCGUCUUGAACGACAACAACAAAGCUUACAGUUGUUAUCAGCAGCAAGUUCGUCGGACACUCCUCCUGCUGGAAGUCAAACUGGUUCACCGGAGCCACCUACCGGUCCUUCUAUUAAUUUAUACGAGAUCGAUGAAAGAUUGGAUUGUAAUCGGAAAUGGCAGGAUGCUGAAGCCGCUCACUCGGGAAAAUUGGUUUGGAAGAAAUUAUUGGUACCGAGGUUUUCAUUGACAACCCAUACAGCUUUUAAUCGUAAGGAUAAUCCACAUCCUGCUUCGAUUACAGCUAUCACACCGUCGAGAGAUCAUCGAACUCUGUUUGUUGGAGAUAGUGUUGGUCGCGUUUGGAGCUGGCAGAUUGGUGAUGAAGUUGGUGCACGUGCAGAUCACUGGAUACAGGAUCCGAGUAGAAGUUCAUGCACACAAUGCACGCAAAAAUUUUCGCUUGCCGAAAGGCGACAUCACUGUCGAAACUGUGGGCAUAUUUUUUGCAACCGAUGUAGUCGAUUUGAAACCGAUAUAAAACACAUGAAAAUUUCGAAGCCAGUGCGUGUUUGUCAAAGUUGUUUUUUACGUUUGAAGACAGAAGGGGUAUCCUAAGAAGGGGGAGACUGGAAUUGAAAUACUUUCUUUUUGCCUCCUGCUGCAUGUUGUAUUUAUCAUUACUAGCUUAUUUAAACUAUUUGUUAAUGAAUAGUAGUUUUCUAAGAAUUUUUCCUUUGAUCUCAAUUUUAUAAUCCGUUGUGAUGUAACUUUGUACUUGUGGUUUAGUUCUUUAUUUCCAUUUCUUACCAAUAGUCCUUUGCAUAAUAAAAUGGCUGC